AUGUCGAGACAAAUCAAUCAACCCAUCAACCAAGUGCGUCUCACAAACGUCGCUGUGGUUCGCAUGAACAAAGGGGGAAGUAGAUUUGAAAUUGCAUGCUACCGCAACAAGGUUGUUGAUUAUCGUCAAGGCUUAGAGACAGACCUUUCCGAAGUUCUUCAGACCGACCGAGUUUUCACCAAUGUCAGCAAGGGAGCAUUCGCCAAAGCAAAAGAUCUGCAAAAGGUUUUUGGCACAAAAGAUGAAGAAGAAAUUGCUAAAAUAAUCUUGAAGCAGGGAAAUGUUCAAGUUUCGGAUAAGGAGCGUGGCCAACAGCUGGAGAAGACAAUCGCACAAGUCGCUGAAUGGAUAUCCAAGAAUUGCGUGCAUCCUUCAUCCGAUCGUCCUUACACUAUUGCGCAGAUUCGCCAUGCCAUGUCGACAGCGAAUUUCUCAGUACACCCGACCAAGCCAUUGAAACGGCAAUACUUGGAUUGUGUCAAACUACUUCAGGGAACCAUACCGAUACAGAGAGCCAAAAUGGAACUGUUAUUAGUGAUUGGCAACAAGGAUGACUGUGAAACCAUCGAAAGCACAAUGAAGGAAAAUGAUGUGACAUGGACUAAUUCAACAUCAAGUGACGACGCAACCGGAUUGCGGUACAACGUUCUGGUGGAUCCAAGUAUGUAUCGCAUCUUCAACGACGCGAUUGUUGCAAUGAAGGGAUCUCGAAUAGAAAUCAUCAACCAAAUUGUGACGAAGCAAGGGGAUGUAAAGCUCGAAAGUGUUGAUCACAUUCAAAGCGAUAUGCAGGGUCUUUCCGUUGUCAACAGCGAGGCUCCAAUCGCCAAUGCCUACGUAGAAAAUACUAUCGCUGAUGAUGAUGGUGAUGACAACGACGAGGAUAUAAUGGACAGUUCCGCAGGCAACCGCAGAAAGCAAAAGAAAGCAAAAAAGAAGAACCAGAAAGCGCAGCGCAGAAACGAAUCAGGAGGUAGUACGCUGGAAGAGGCCCAAGAAGUUGCAUCAUCGACAUCUGGUGCGACUUCUACCAUCCCAACUGUAGCUCCGAGCCAAGGUGAUGGUACCGACACUAGAAAGAGUUGCAAUACAUGUGGCGGAUUCUUUGACAGUGCAGCGGAAUAUCGCUCUCAUUUCAAGAGCGAUUGGCACAAGUUCAACCAAAAACUAAAGAUGAAAGGAACCCCGCCUGUCAGUUUGGAAGAGUUCAACCUAUGUGAUGCUGACACAUUUUUUGGGGGUGGCGAUGAUAUGCUGUUAUAA